UGCCUCAUGCUGAAGCAGAAAGCGCUGUUGGACUCUCGUCUGUACCUGAGAGCAGCGGUUGAGUUUGGGUCCAUCAUGCUCUGGUUCUACCUCGUGGACCGGACGACCUUUUUCACAUAUGGAACAAAGAGCUACAGCCGGGACGUGCUGACCUUCAUCUUUGUGACGCUGACGGCUGUGGCUGCGUGGAAGUCCAUGCGCAAGUACAAGGCGCCAGACAUGCUCAACCGGUGGCAAACAGAAGAGUGGAAGGGCUGGAUGCAGGUGCUGUUCCUGCUAUACCACUACUUCAAUGCGCGGGAGAUCUACAAUGCGAUCCGCGUGUUCAUUGCCGGAUAUGUGUGGAUGACCGGCUACGGCAACUUCAUGUACUACUACCACUACAAGGACUUCUGCCUUGGCCGUUUCAUGCAGAUGAUGUGGCGGCUGAAUUUCCUGGUGACCGUGGUGUGCAUCGUGCUGCGCAACAGCUACAUGCUGUACUACAUCUGCCCCAUGCACACCAUCUUCACCAUCUUCGUCUACGCCACCCUCGGCCUGGGCCAGAAGUACAACGCCACCAACACCGGCAUCCUCGUCAAGAUUGGGCUGUGCGUGCUGCUGAUCUACGUGUGCUGGGACAUCAAGGCGGUCUUCUACGCUAUCUGGAGCCCCUUCAUGUUCCUGGUCGGCUACAAUGACCCCCGCAAGCCCACCGAUGACCUCCUGCACGAGUGGCACUUCCGCUCGUCGCUGGACCGGUAUGUGUGGAUCCACGGCAUGCUUUGCGCCUUCCUCAAGCCCUGGGCCGAGGGCUUCCUGCAGCGCGUGGACAGCCUUGCCUUCCGCGCCCGCGUCGCCGCCCGCACUGCCGUCAUCGGAUGCACCCUGGUGGUGCUGGCGUUGUGGUACGAGCAUGUGUACAAGCUGCCAAAAGUGGAGUACAACAAGCUGCACCCCUACACUUCCUGGAUCCCCAUCUCGGUCUGGAUCGUGCUGCGCAACAUGACCCCCGCGCUGCGCACGUACUCCAUGGGCAUCUACGGCUGGCUGGGCACCAUCACGCUGGAGACCUACAUCUCCCAGUUCCACACCUGGCUCACCACGGGCAUCCCCGAUGGCCAGCCCAAGAUGCUGCUCUCCUUCCUGCCCCCCGAGGACUACCCCCUCAUCAACUUCGCCCUCGCCACCGCCGUGUACGUACUGGUGUCGCACCGCCUGUUCACGCUGACAGGGACGCUCAAGACGGCCGUGGUGCCCAACAAGGCCGGCCGCGAGCUUGUGCGUAAUGUCAUUCUCAUCGCCGUCUGCGGCUCCUUCCUGUGGCUCCUCUCGCUGGUCAUCAUCGGCGCGGGCGGCUGGGGCGCCGGCCCCGCCGUCGCCUCGAGCACCCUUCUCGAUGCGUCAUCCACCCGGCAGCUCUUGUGA